AUGGCUUCAAGAUGCUUCCAGCUAGCAAUGGCUGCAGAUCCGAAUCAUGCGGAAAGCGUAUGCAACCUAGGUGUUCUCCAAAUGCGGGACGGUAAAAUAGAUCAAAGCCGAUCGCUUUUCCAGUCUGCUAUCGAGAAAGGACCGUAUCUGUUCGAACCCUGCUACAAUCUCGCUUUGCUUACUUAUCAAGUAAAUACAUAUUAA